AUGUUGGACACAGGAUUAAAUGAACGACGCCAAGACUUAUUUCAAACAAGUUCAGGCGUCGGACAUCAGUACCGCCCAGGCUAUUACUUUCCUAGCUCAAAUUUUAAGCGCGUUCUUACUGAUCCAUUGCCACCAAAAUUAGCCUGUGCUGACGAAAUCACACCUGAACAACAUUUCAAAAGUACAAACAGUCUGUACUUCGAUAAUAAAUAUCCACAACAAGAAAUUUACAAUGAUCAAAUUCAUCAUCACAGAAAAGCACCUGCUCACUGGAAAAUAAAAGCUCAUGGGUGGAAUCGUUCAUUAACAAUGGCAAAUCAAAAAAGUGAAUAUAAACAAGAAUUUGAUGCAAAAGAAAACAUGAAAUAUGAACUUGAUCGAAUAGAUCGACAAUUACCCUAUUUGACAGAUGAAACUCAACCAGUGACGAAAGUUUUACUUGAAGAUGAAAAAGUGAGAAGAGCAAUACCGCGGUCAUGGGAUCCCAGCGAACAAGGAGUUUUUAAUUUGCUCGAUCCGUAUUUAACAACUUAUAAUAAAGAACAUCGCCGAUGGAGAAAAGACGAGUGGCAGGGAAUAGCAAAAAAAGAUCCAGUUACUUAUUGGGACACUGAAGAAUAUCCAAAAACAUGGGGUUUUGGCAAUACGCCGAAUCAUUUACCGAUCGAUAGUGUUGAUCGUGAACAACUGCCGAUGCGAGAUUCUUCAUGGUUUUCGCAGUCGGCCAAGAUUCGUCAGGUACAUCAGCCACAACGUUUCAUUCCACACAGUGGAUUAACCACAGAAACAAGAGAACAGUUUGUCACACCAAGUCAUGUAAAUGCAAGUGAAAUAAAAUAUUGUCCAUUGGUAACUCCCUUCGUACAACCUUAUCCCUCUUCACCCUCAGCCUAUUGUGCACCUGACAUGUAUAAAAAAGAAUCAAUGAACAUCGGCAGUGGCAAGCCAGUUACAGUGACAAAGUAA